AUGCGGAACAGCAAGACGCUCCCGGCCGCGCUGGUCGACUUCAACGUCGACAAGCGGACCGACGUGACCUUCGGAACCGUGGCUGCAAGCAGGGUCCGCUCCAGGGAGGACAUCUUGAUCUUGAGGCCGUUCGAGCGCUGGCUCUACACGCUCCGCGCCCGAGGGCCCGGCGCUCCUGCUGACUGGGGCGCGUUCAGGGAGGCGAGGGCGCCCUGCGCGGCCUGCGAGAAAUGCAAGGAGACGAAGACGCUAGAUCAUUUUUCCGACCGUCAGUGGGAGCGCGUCCGAGCCAACCAAUCUGCGAUUUGCCUGGCCUGCGGCCCCGGCAAGGGCGAGCAGAAGACGCUGAAGCGGAAGCUGCCCUCCGGCCUGGCGCGCUUGGAUUGCCGCGGCUGCAAACUCCGGAAGCUGGAGGACGCCUUCCCGCGGGCGCAGCUCCAGCAAGACGACUCUGAGCGGGCAAGCACGGGGAGCGCGACGAUCGCAGGCACUUCCUUGCCUGCCAGCUGCUGCAUCUCUCACACGCCUUCUGCCAACUGCAAAAGCAAAACCGGCCACGGGGGCCAGGCUGAGCUCAGCACGCGCUAUGGCAGGGACAGCGCGCCUUGCGGAGGCAGGAAAGUUUCGCAAGUUCGGCAAGCGAACCAGCCGGCACGGCCCCACUUCGGUUGCUGCCUCGCGCUUUUCCCGCAGGGGCCGCAGACAGCCGCCCAAGGCAUGGUCGCCAUCGCGCUGCUGAAUUCGGAAGCUGGCAUCUUGCUCAAACAAGUCGAGCAGCUCAAACUCUCGACCUCCUCCAAACACUUCAAGCAGCGGCGCCUGGCCUCAGCCCUGGUGUUCACUGGCAGCACACCGUCCUAUGUUCUAGCUGCUUGGAGUUCUGAGUUUUUGCUUGGGCCAAGCACGCGUCGCAUCUGCGGCCUUGCAGCCGACCCUUCGGUCAGCCGACGUCCUUAG